AUGGCUACGCCUACGCCAGCGUCCAGCAAGCCAUCUCCCGGACCCUCUGCACAGAAUUUCAGCCAAUCUUUCUCUCCUAGUCCCGACGUUUCCAAGCGAAGUUCUUCCUCCGGUGGCCCUUCCGGUGCUAUCUCUUCUGCGCGCCACAUCCCUCACGCCCGCAACAAUCAGCCUUUGCGCAAACAACACAAGGCUUCCAGGAGAGCAAAACUCGCAGACGAAGAUGCUUUUGUUGAGUCUGCAAAUAUGAGGCCAUUUAAUAGCCGUAAAGGCCAGACUUCCAUCACUCAUUUGAUGAACUUCUCCCUGCCACCACGACCCCACCAACAGUCGCAUAGCUUCCAUCCUCGACAUCAUCAAAGGCCUCGGACUUGGGGACUGGGCUCGGGUUACCAUAUCAUGGACAAGGCUCGCUAUGUUCAUGCCAAUUAUCGCUUCAUUGUUCGACCUGAUCGAGAAUACCAUAUACAAACAGUAGAUGCAGACGUCCAUCUAUCUUGGGACAAUGUGCUGCAGGUCCUUGGCUCAGCCGAAACUCAGUCUACCAACUGCCCGAUAUGCCUUUCGACUCCGGUCGCUCCCCGUAUGGCCCGAUGUGGCCAUAUUUUCUGUCUCCCAUGUUUGAUACGAUACAUGCACUCAACCGAUGACUCAAACCCAGUGCCAGAGAAGAGGGCUCGUUGGAAGAAGUGUCCAAUAUGCGAAGACAGUGUCUAUAUCUCCGAGACCAGACCUGUUCGUUGGUCAGUGGAUAAAGAGGCUAGUCAACUCAUGGAGGGUGGCGACGUCUGCUUGAAAUUGCUCAAACGAGAGCCUGGGUCAACGCUUGCCUUGCCACGGGAUGCCGCUGAAAAGUACGGCCAGCAGACUGAUAUUCCCUGGUAUCAUGUCGCUGAGAUCAUGGACUACGCCCGUUUCAUGAAGGGCGGUGAGCAGUACAUGAUCGAACAGUACGACCAGGAAAUUACUGAGCUGGAUGCACAGGAGAAGGAGGAUGAGCUCAUGUUUGGCGACGACAAUACCUGGACACGAAGGGCCAUUGCUUCCAUCGAAGACGCUAAGCUCAAACUCGCAGGAAUAGGGGGGCCAACUUCGACCACUGGUUCACUCAAGCAUGAUUCCGAUGCUAAUGACCCCAUCGCUGAGUCCUGGCAAGAUGAGGCCGAAGCGUCUGAGCCGCGAGUUGCCAGCUCUUCUGACCUAAGUUCUACCAUGGCUCAGCUGCCACUGUCCCAGCCUGCGCCUGAAUCUAUACCAGAACAAACCAAACACCCUACAAAGGCAGGCCGCCAGGCACCAUUCUACUUUUACAGCGCCUUACCCAACUUCUAUCUCUCGCCUCUCGAUAUUCGCAUUCUCAAGGCAGCCUACGGAGACUUUGCCGCUUUUCCCUCCACAAUUCUCCCUCGUGUCGAGCACAUCUCUACUGGCCAUGUCAUCGACGAUGACCUCCGUAAAAGGGCUAAAUACAUUGGCCACCUUCCUUACGGUUGCGAGGUCAGCUUUCUUGAAUGUGACUGGACCGACCUCAUUACUCCUGUCGUUCUCGAGCAAUUUAAAGAUGACAUCAUACGUCGGAGGAAGCGGAAUCACGACAAAGAAGCCCGGGAAGAACGCGAUCGUCUUCGUGCAGAGCGCGAAGAAGACGCGCGCCUUUCCUCCAUCCGGCGUCGACGCCCCAGUGUCCCUGAAAAGAGUUUCUCUGAAACUGACUUUCAGCCUCUCGUGAAUCACGAUAUUUCGAGCUCGUCACCAGGGGGAAGUGCUGGUGGUUUAGCAGCGACACCCCCAUGGGGCAACCACCGAACACACUCUUCCUUCGCUACCCUCGCUACGCCCGGUACAUCUCCUGAUGCCCCUCGCACAGUCUGGGGUACCACAGCCGUUACGCCCUCGUCGCCAACCCUGGUGGCCUCACCAGAGCCAUCACGUCAAGUCGACGAUGGUUGGCUCCAAGGAUGGGAAAAAGAUAUCCUCGACGAAGGUGAUGCUGUUGCUAUGGUUCAAGCAAGCAUCGACAGCGAAUCGGUGGCGAAGCAGGCCAAUGGAGCAGCCGGAGCGGCACCCGGGAAGAAGUCCAAAAAGCCCAAAAAGAUCACACUUAUGAGCACAGGCAACGCUAGACGGGGUGCGUGA